UAGGAUGUGUUUUUUUAACUCUUUAUCAUAGUGUUCGAAGUUGCAAUCAUACAAUUGAAAACACCUUUUCGUCUUUAUUCUUUAUUGUCUCUACAAUAUAUAUUUCCAACUUUUAUUUCAAUUUGUCUAGUUCUGAACUCCACCCGUGGUAUAUUGGAUAUGCCUCACGUCAGCAUCGUCAUGGGGGCAGUUUUGGGAGCAGCAGUCUUCAUUCUCCUUUCUUCUGUUGCCCUCCUCCUCUUCCUGAAUUUCAUCUGUAAAGGCAUCGCUUGUCUGGGAAAGAAAGGUGGAUACGAAGAAGAUGAUGAAACUCUGGUGCGAGUAAUCCAUAAAGACAACUCUCGAAAGGUGGAUAAGGACGGGUUGGUGUACGUAGAUAUAGUGCAUGACCACGCCCAUCCCGAUGAUGCCCCGCCCAUAAGAACGGAAGAGCCCACGGUGUAUGCCUCACUAGACAGGAACGCCAUGGGAUCCCGCAAGAAGGAUGACGAUGGGUUGGUCUAUAUCGAAGUUUCACACGACAACGCCCAUCCACCUGAUGCCCCUCCCAUUCAGACGGAGAAGCCGACUGUCUACGCCUCUCUCGAUAUGGAAGCCAUGGCAACCGGCAAGGAAAAGGAGGAGAAAGGGGAAGAGGGAGGAGUCAAGGAUGAGGAAGAUGGUGUGGAAAAUGAGAUAGAGGAUGUCAAGGAGGAAAAGGAUGGUACUAAAGAGGAUAAAGAGGGUGUUAUGGGGGAGACGGAUGGGGUUGAAGAGAAAAAAGAGGAUGAUAAGAAGGCUCCUGAAGACCAGUCCCCAGCUACCACUAAUCAACCGAACUAUGAAAACAUCACUUUGUUAUCUAAUGAUGACGGACUAGCAAUACCUAUGGAGACAAGGCUUUAAAUAUUUGCUUUUACCAUAUGCUUUGACGUCGAAUGCUUCCGGGCUUUAUUUAUAGGCCCGUAUUCCACUAGAAAUUAAACUUGAACCCGGGUCCAUAUACCCCCGUCACACCAUACACAGACCGACCACUAAAAUACAUUACCCCUCUGGUUUAAAAAAAAAACGGUUUAGAGUUGGUUUGGCGGUGUGACUUAGGUUUUAAGCGUUUUGUCAAAAAUCUGGUUUCAACAUAAAAGUUUCAGGUCUACGUUUUCCUUUCCUGCACAACUAAGACGUUCAAUAUUUAACGCGAUUCCUCACCCGUUUUUUGUUUUUCUACUCUGUAAUUAUACAAUAAUUGAAAAUGCUUUGUUUUGUAUUGCAUUGUUUGUUUUUUUUUGAUUUCAUCGUAUACUUGAAUAUUGUACAUGUUCAUUAUUUUUUAUCAAGCGAAUAAACUUUGAAUGUUGAACUUAAUUGUUAAACGCGGUGUUAGACCCAGCUAGGUUGUAAUUUAGUUUAAGGUUAGGUUUAUAUAGGUGUACGGUUGGGUGUUUGCUUCAGGGUUCAAGUUAAGAAUUCGGUUAGAGUAUAGGAUAUUGAUCGCCGGAGCGUGUGUGAGCCCCACUCCAAACCGACCGAUUUUAAACAUAAUGUAUUUUCUGUCAGUUUGUUGAGGUCUUGCUUUUACUGAUGGCUGUAUAUAUUGCUGUAUCGUAAAAUUAAUUUAAUAUUAGUUUUAUGUAAGCAUCAAUGUUUUGAUUGAGUUUUGGAAAUAACAAUUAUUUUGAUUGAAUUGAUCGAAAAGAAUCUAUUAAGAAAUUAAAGUGUAAAAAUUGCAUAUCCAAGAAGAUAUCGCUUCUCACAUGCUGAAAACGCAAGUUUAGAAAUCAUAAAGUAAUUUGAAGAUGAAUACAAUUAAAGUUGAUUACUGUAGUGGUUGUAUCUAUUUGUGAAGAAAGUAUAUGUAUAUCCUAUUAUGCUCUUAGUAAAGUUCAGAUUAGGUUUCUAUGAUUAUAGUAUAGAAUAAUAAUGAAACUUUGUAUAUAAUCCUAUAUGGAACAAUAUUGUAUAUUAUGCUAGAUGAUUAGUUUAGUAUAUAGGUAAAUGUUAACUUUUAAGUAUGUCUAAAUACUGUGUUAUCAAAAACUAUCAGCACUUUUAGUUAGAUAUUGUCGUUUCAACAUGCAUUGGUAACUAUCUUGGAUCGACCAUUACUAGUAAUAAAGAAUGGUUGAUUGAGUACGAUUGGGAGUAAGAACAAUGUGACUGGUGAUUGUGUAUGUGAAAACACCGUGGUCUUUGGGCACAUCACGGUCGUGUUUACUCCCCAAUGAGUUGGAUAAUGUCGGUUUGGUAGACCUUCUGACAUCAUCAGUUAACGAUUCACAAGACCGACAGCUCACCAGACAGACAAUGUCGAUCUCGUUACCCC